AUGGCAUCCAUUAUUGACCAAAGUAUAGCUGAUUUACUUAAAAAAUCAAGAGAUGAAAUUAACUGGAAAGAUCCUAAUUUUAUUAAAUUACAUACAGCAACAACAACCAUUUAUAACUUAUCUCUAACUAAAUUACCACAUUUAAAACCCGAUGAAUCUGUAGCCAGAUGUCACAUAGCUGCAUUAUUAUCGUUGGAAAAACUAAAAAGUAAAUAUCCAGAUUUAAAUAUUGAGUAUUCUAUAGAGAAAAUUCCAGUUGCUCCAAAAAAACUCAAUAAAAUAGUUCAAAUGUUUAAAGAAAAUAUUUUAAAUAUUUCACCGGUAAAACAAAAAAUAGAUACAUUAAGUGGAUUAGAUUGGUUUAGCGAUAAAUCACCAGUUAAAAGAAAAGUUAAUGAUAUGCUAAGUAUGUCCCCAAUGGAACUAAGGGAGAGAUUAUUUGAUGAAGAUGUUGAAACAAAGAAUGAAAGUAGUAAGAAAAGAUCUAAGAUUGCUGUGAAAACUAAAAAAAAUGAGUCGAUAAAAGCAUUGAUAACAAAUGCCACUCCAACAAGAAUACAAGAUGGCACUAUAACAUCCAUGUUGAAUUACUCAUCCUCUCCAAUGAAGGAAACUAUGAAUACCGAUAAUAAAUCUGCGACUGCGACACCACGUCGUAAAUUAGCAUUUGAAUUGGCUGACCUCCCCCCUUCUUCCCCAAUAAAAAAUACCGCCAAUUAUAUUAAUAACAACGAAUCUUCCAUUCAAACAAAAAACGAUGUCAAAGAAACGGUUGAGAAAGAGCCAUUUGAAGAGGCUGAUGAAAAAAUUGCAGAUAGUUUAAAUAGCAAAAGUUGUAGUGAUGUUACCGCAAAUGGACCGGUUAGUAAAACAAAGAAAAAUGUUGUACUUAAAUCACUCACACUCAUUCCUUAUUUGGAAAAAAAAUACGUAAAGUUUAAACCCAAGGAGCUUAUGGACAUAUGUAAUAUUUUUGAAAUUCCAUAUGAUGAAGCAAUGUGUAUUAUUGAUUUUAUUUUAAAAAAUACAAAUUAUUUAAUCCAUGCUUACAAAAUGCUAUGUGGAACAAUACUACUUUGUUGUAGAUAUAUUUUUGCCAAGGAAAGGAAAAAAAACAUCAAAGCUGAUGAAAUCAUUCUUUCCAAAAUGAAGUAUUUAUUGAAAUGUGAAGAUACUGCAGAAUUAUUUUAUUGCUGUGAUCUAAUGCAGGAGUUGUUAGAAGGAGAAAAAUGGUUUAAAGACUUAAAGUUAAAAUAUGGUAUUAAUACUAAAGAAGAAUUUGAACAACAAAUUCUAAUUAGAAGGGGUAGUAUGUUACAGCAUUCCAAAGCAGUUGUUAGUGAUGAAGAAUAUGAAUCUUGGAAGAAUAAUAUUUUAACUGAUUUACAUUUAAGAGAUGGAGCAUGA